AACCUAAAAAAACUUUAAACAAAAACAAAUACGACAAAGUCAACAAACACAUCAAACACAUACCCAAUUCUCUCUAUAAAUACAUAUCAAACUCCUUCAUUCAACCACUCAACUCGAUCUUUAAAUUUUAUUCUCUCUCUCUCUCUUAUACAUAUUCAAUCCAAACUAACAACAAUAACAACAACCCUCUCUCUCUUUUUCUUUCUCUGUUCUUAGUCAUGAUGCAGAUCGGUUCAAUGUCGUCACAAGCCACCGCUAACUUGAAAUUAUCUCCUCUAAACCCAUUAACAAGGCGUUCUUCCUCUAACUUAACACGGGUUCAUCUCGCUAACCUAGAAAAGCUUCUGCAGAAGCCUCCUCUACCUGAAAAACUUAGUAGCACACAAACUGUUCGACAAAAUGUUUCUGAGAAUAUUGAUUCAGGGUCUACCGAGAAAAGGGGGAGGAACCUUUUAGAGGGUCUUAACUUGGCCAGAUUAUGGCCUGAGAUGAGAGUAGCCGACGAAAUGUCCCCACGACAUCUCAAUCGGCUUCAGCAACUUCUUAACAAGACGGGUGAGGGUGAGUAUUCGCCCAGAAACAAUCUUGGCCGUCGGUGGAGAGAAUAUCACGGUCGUGAUGAUUGGGAAGGAUUGAUUGAUCCUCUUGAUGAGAAUCUUCGCCGUGAGGUUGUACGGUACGGCGAGUUCGUACAAGCCGCUUACCGUUUCUUUCACUCCAACCCAGCCAUGCCUCUCGAUGAGGCUCCCAAGGCUCGACACGUGGCGUUGCCCGAUAGGUCUUAUAAGGUAACCAAGAGUCUUUAUGCGACGUCGUCUGUUGGUUUGCCGAAAUGGGUCGAUGACGUGGCACCCGAUCUCGGUUGGAUGACCCAGAGAUCGAGCUGGGUCGGGUACGUCGCGGUUUGCGAUGACAAGAGGGAAAUCCAACGGAUGGGAAGAAGGGAUAUUGUAAUCUCGCUUCGUGGAACCGCCACGUGUCUCGAGUGGGCCGAAAAUGUGAGAGCUCAGCUGAUCCAAAUGCCAGACGAAGAAGGUGAACAAGAACACCAAGCAAAAGUUGAGUGCGGGUUUAUGAGUUUGUUCAAAACACGUGGUGCUCACGUGCCGAGUUUGGCUGAGUCAGUUGUUGAAGAAGUCAAAAGACUCAUGGAGUUAUAUAAAGGUGAAGAACUAAGCAUAACUGUCACUGGCCACAGCCUAGGAGCUGCUCUGGCCUUACUAGUGGGCGAUGAGCUUAGCUCGUGCGCCAAGGGAGUACCACCCGUUGCGGUCUUCUCUUUCGGGGGUCCUCGGGUGGGAAACCGUAGUUUUGCUAACAGAAUUAACGAGAAAAAUGUUAAGGUCUUAAGAAUUGUGAACUCACAAGACGUGAUAACUAGAGUUCCAGGCGCGUUUUUAGGCGAAUGUAAACCCGAAAAAGAGAAAGCAAAGAAGACGGGUGUUGUUGGUGGUAUGCUUGAUAUGUUGGAGGACAACAUGCCCUUAGCAUACUCACAUGUUGGGACAGAACUUAGGGUGGACACAAAAAUGUCACCUUAUCUUAAACCUAAUGCUGACAUGGCUUGUUGUCAUGAUUUAGAGGCUUACUUGCAUUUAGUGGAUGGUUUUUUGGCCUCCAAUUGUCCUUUUAGAUCAAAUGCUAAGCGAAGCUUGGCUAGGUUGCUUCAAGACCAAGGAUCCAAUGUGAAAAAAUUGUACACUAGUAAAGCUAAGUCCUUGAGUUUGAAUCUUGAAAGGCCUGGGCAGGGAAUAAUGCACUUCCCUAUUAGCUUACCUAGUCCAUCUUAAAAUAAAUGAAAAGUAUAGUAUAAAUUUCUUGUAUCUUGAUUAUAUCAAAGUGCUUUGACUUAUAUAUUAUUAGAGAUACUAUAUGUUGCACCUUGCACGUAUAGUUAAAUUUGUACAAAGAUGAAGUAUACAUGUGUAUGCAUACAUAAUCAAUGCAUAUGCAUGACUCACCCAAUAUGUGUAAUGCAAUUACAAAGUUAAAAUAUUAUGGUGUUAUAUAGCUUUUGUUUA